ACUCGAGUUGGAAGAGGCGAGUCCGGUCUCAAAAUGGAGGGCCAUGAUCCAAAGGAACCAAAGCAGUUGAGAAAACUGUUUAUUGGUGGUUUGAGCUUUGAAACUACAGAUGAUAGUUUAAGAGAACAUUUUGAAAAAUGGGGUACACUUACAGAUUGUGUGGUGAUGAGAGACCCCCAAACAAAACGUUCCAGGGGUUUUGGUUUUGUGACUUACUCUUGUGUUGAAGAGGUGGAUGCAGCAAUGUGUGCCCGACCACACAAGGUGGAUGGGCGUGUAGUGGAACCAAAGAGAGCUGUUUCUAGAGAGGAUUCUGUAAAGCCUGGUGCCCAUCUAACAGUGAAGAAAAUUUUUGUUGGUGGUAUUAAAGAAGAUACAGAAGAGUAUAAUUUGAGAGACUACUUUGAAAAGUAUGGCAAGAUUGAAACCAUAGAAGUUAUGGAAGACAGGCAGAGUGGAAAAAAGAGAGGAUUUGCUUUGGUAACUUUUGUUGAUCAUGAUACAGUUGAUAAAAUUGUUGUUCAGAAAUACCACACUAUUAAUGGGCGUAACUGUGAAGUGAAAAAGGCCCUUUCUAAACAAGAAAUGCAGUCUGCUGGAUCACAGAGAGGUCGUGGAGGUGGAUCUGGCAACUUCAUGUGUCGUGGAGGGAACUUUGGCCGUGGUGGAAACUUUGGCCGUGGUGGAAACUUUGGUGGAAGAGGAGGCUAUGGUGGUGGUGGUGGCGGCAGCAGAGGUAGUUAUGGAGGAGGUGAUGGUGGAUAUAAUGGAUCUGGAGGUGAUGGUAGCAACUAUGGUGGUGGUCCUGGUUACAGUAGUAGAGGAGGCUAUGGUGCUGGUGGACCAGGAUAUGGAAACCAAGGAGGUGGGUAUGGAGGGGGCGGGGGAGGAUAUGGUGGUUACCAUGAAGGAGGAAAUUUUGGAGGCGGGGACUAUGGUGGUGGUGGGAACUAUAAUGAUUUUGGAAAUGAUAGUGGACAACAGCAAUCAAAUUAUGGACCCAUGCAGGGGGGCAGUUUUGGUGGAAGAAGCUCGGGCAGUCCCUAUGGUGGUGGUUAUGGCUCUGGUGGUGGAAGUGGUGGAUAUGGUAGCAGAAGGUUCUAAAAAAUUUUCAGAAGAAAAGGGCUACAGUUCUUAGCAGGAGAGAGGAGCGAGGAGUUGUCAGGAAAGCUGCAGGUUACUUUGAGACAGUCGUCCCAAAUGCAUUAGAGGAACUGUAAAAGUCUGCCACAGAAGGAAUGAUGAUCCAUAGUCA